UUCUUCAGGAGACAUUGAUAUUAACGAUUUUGGUCAUGUGAGAUAACAUAGUUGGGACACUAAAUUAUCCUCUACUUUCUCAAAACAGCAAUAAAGACUUCAACAUUUUUGAAACCAAGAAGCCCUUAUAAUUAUCAGUGGAAACUAUCUGGAUUAAGGAACCCAUACUCACCAGAUAUCAAGGAUGGCAGUAACCCCGAUAUAAUAGAAGAAAGAGAAGUCGUUACAGAGUUCUUCAAAUACAGGUUUAGAAACCAAGACAGGUACAUGGAUGAGAGAGGACUAAGAGAAGAAGAAGGCUUCUUUAAUGAAAAACAGGAGCCUACAGGUUAUAAAUCAGUCAGGGAAUAUAUAUCGCCAAUACAUAAGGCUACUAAACUGCACAAUAAUAGGGGAGAUGGUAUAUUGCCCAAGAAAAGUAAACCAAUUAAUGUUGGUCAAAGCUAUGAUCAUGCCACAAGCAUUUUAACCCACAGACUCAUGUCGAAUACAAAGUUGAUAUCUAAGGGGUUCAAAACGAGCAGCCAUAAUUCAAGAAGAACAUACCACUUCUCAGCGAUUCAGAAGAACAGGCAUCAGAAUAUAAUGAAGAAUGUGUUUAGAUCGUCAAAUAACAACCCAAGAAGGACAGGUCCCCAAUCAGAUUUUGAGAUAGACAGGUCUCCAAAAAUAUUUCCUGGCGGUUAUAGAAUGAUUGUGUCCAAGCGUGCUAGAUCUACAAAGGAUCAUUUAAGAAAGGCUAUCCCCUGGUCACACAGACAUCAGCAACAAACUGCCAAAGAGAAAAACAUAAAGGACAAGAAGGUGACAUCAACUCAAAAUGGCCCAGUAAAACCCAAUUCCUUUUCAAAUGCUAGACAAGAGAAAAAGGUGCAAGUACUGACCGAAGGAAAUGGAGGUGAGAUACCGAAGAGAGUAACACCUACAAAUAAUUCAUCAAACAUAAGUAAUCCUCUCUAUGACACUGAAAAAAAUAAACAGCUGGAGUCAAAAUCUAAAGAUAAUGGAGCGAAGCCUUCAAUGAAAGAAAAAGGCAGUCAGAAAAAGAAGUCCAUUAAGAAAGAAUUAGUGGACAAAGGGGUUCAACAGAAACUAUUAGGUCUUCCUAGUGAUAGCCUUCUGGAGACAGAGGGCAGUGGGCACUUAGAAACAGGGUCUGAAGGAAAUCAAGAUCUCAGUAGGAUUCUGAAUGUUAUUCCUGAGACUAAAAGCAACACAGUUUCACCACUGGUGUCUUUGAUAGACCAAAAAGAGGGUCCAUCAAGUGCUAUACAAUUCCUAACUUCGACACACAACUCAAUGAUAAUUAACACAAUCCCUUCUCCUGCAUUCAGGAAGGAUGUAUUACACUCCGUACUUACAGGCCCAACCACCAGUGAAGGUCUACCUGGGCAAGUUGCAAUGACUUUCCCAGACAUAUUAAGGGAGGAUGGUUCUGGAUGUGAUUCGGGUUACAAGAUAUAUGACGGCAUCUGCAAGAGUCAGUGUGAAAUCAGUGGAAUCUACUGUGAAAAUGGAGGGCAGUGUGUGAUCGUGGAGAACAUCGGGGCAGCGUGCAGAUGCCCCGCGACUGAUAUGUUGUGCUACAGAGAUCAGUGCUGCCUCUCCUCACUCACUCCCAUACAGCUGGCAUGUAUCAUUGGCAGCUGCUGCGUUCUCCUAUCUGCUUUACUGGUUUGUGUCCCCAUCUUGAUCCUGAGAACCCAUAUGAAGAUGUUUACAAAAGUUGGACCGGAGAACAGCAGGUUCUGGAUUUCCACCCUCAUGCCAGCCUCCAGCAUCUCCUUUUCUUCUAUUCCUGAAUCAGUUGAGUCCGAGUUUACCUUGGAUUCGGACUGUGACUCUUUGCCUGACUUGCCCUCAUUUUUCAGCACAAAGAAGGUGACCUCUGACACCAGCGCCUGGACAACGGAAAGCACUCGACUAUGACAGGUCCUGAAGAUCUGCCAGCCUUAAAAGUCAUCUACAUAGUGCUGUGUAUAACAAUGCCAUUACCAAAGGCAUGAGCAAAGGCAACUGCAUAUAUGGAAGGCUUCUCUAGCAUGCAUGUUCUCAGAACUAUUGGCCACUUAUAGAUGCAGGGGGCUCUUUAAUGUAGGGUGCCUGACCGUGCCAGGGAAAUGUCUGUAAUGAAAUCUAAUAUUCCAGUGCAAGCUGAUCUGAAGACUUAAUGCAGAAGUUAAUAGGUUGUAGGUCUGCCACUGAUGCAUUUCUUAAAAAUGCGCCCGCCAUGUUAUUAAUACUCCAUGUUAAAUAUCUGACGUAUACUACUGAUUAAAAGGUGGUCAUUUCACACACACACCCCCCCCCCCGGCACAAACAGCAGGUCUGAUCCUAGGAACAUCAUUUAACUUGUAGUUCUUAACAGCUACAAAGCACAUACUGUAGAUGUGGGGUAAAAGUAACGUUGUGCCGAUUACAUUACCCUGAUGUAUUUCACAUCUUCAGAGCCCAGUCCUAUCCCUAUAAUUAUAUGAAAAUAAUGUAGCAGAUGAACACUAAAAUAAACCAGA